AUGGUAUCCGGACAGCUUCUUACUGAAAUGGAGGUAACUAUUCAACAACAACAACAACGUGAUAACUUUCGUUCUUGUUUUUCAAUUCAAUCAACAUUUUUUAGUCCAUCAGAUAGAAUAAUGAACAAAAAACAAUUUGAAAUUGAACUAAAAUUAGAAGCAUUAUUUGAAAAAUUAUCUGAUAAAACAGAAAAUUUAUUACUCAUAACACCGAUCAGUUGCAUAAAAUCACAAUUGAAAAUUUUACGAAAACAAAUAUCAGUUAAAAUGGGACAAGAUGUUAUAGAAAAACCAGAAUCUGAUACACUAAAGUUAGAAUCAUUUAAAACAUUAACUAUUUAUCAUGAAUUUACUAUCGAUUUGCUAAAUAAUCGCUCGUACAUUGAACUAUUAAUAACAGAAAACUAUUUAGAAAAAUGGCGUGAAAAAUACAUGCCACAAUUGAAAGAGGACAAAGAACGUUUAAAAGAACGACUAUUUGAAAUUGAACGACAAACUAAAAUAAAUGAACGAAAAUUGGAACAAAAAAAUUCGAAACAUAUUGAAGACAUAUUUGAACAACUGAAAGAGGAAAAAUUAAAUUUAAAAACUCAAUUAACUGAGAUUGAUAAUAAACUAAACAAUAUUGAUCUAACAAUUGGAUUAUUUUGUGAUGAAUUAUAUUCAUUAUUUGAUCAUAUUUGUAGUGAACAACAACAAUUGGUCAUUGAUCAAUAUAAAAAUAUAUUUGAACAAAUAGCUGGUAAACUAGCACAAUUGAUGUACAGAGGAUUUGGUAUACAUAUUCUACGCGGACGUCCAUUAUUCAGUCAUAGUCGUCUUAUUGAAAUGACAUUAAAGCAAUUAGAUGUAAAUGGGCCACUAACCAUUCUAAGUGUAGUUGGAGAACAAUCUUCUGCUAAAAGUUCAUUGUUAAAUACGACGUUUGGUUGUAAUUUUCGCGUUAGUGCUGGAAGAUGUACAAUUGGAAUGUAUUUAGGUAAAUAUUUUUUUUGGUAUCCGUUGAUAUCAAAGAGUUAA